AAAUGUUUAAUUAUCUUUAUUGUUUUUACAGAGUCGCGAGUGCAAGACCUCGCAUACUGGAGAUAAACAUUAUCAAUAACUUUGAAUAAGAUGUAUGAAGGAGGAGAGGCUUUAGUUACAAUCGAUAGUACUUUACAGCAACACAUACACACAGAGAUUGUUAAUACACUUCAUGAAUAUGAUGUCUGUGCUAGAGAAUUAAGUCAAAGUAGUGACUUAAAGACACAUGAGAUAACACAUAUAAGUGAAAAAAAAUAUAAAUGUGGUGUGUGUGCUAAAGAAUAUGGUCGAAGUAGUCACUUAAAAAGACAUAUGAAAACACAUACAAGUAAAAAAAAUCAUAAAUGUGUUGUGUGCUCAAGAGAAUUUACUCAAGAAAGUGACUUUAAGAGACAUGCGAGAACUCAUACGGGUGAAAAACCUUUUAAAUGUGAUAUUUGUGCUAGUGAAUUUUCUCGAAAGGGUGACCUCAUGAGACAUUUGAGAAGACAUACGGGUGAAACACCUCAUAAGUGUGAUGUAUGUGCUAGUGAAUUUACUCGCAAUAGUGACCUACAGGCACAUAUGAGUACACAUACUGGAGAUAAACCUCAUGGUUGUGAUUUCUGUGGUAAACGGUUCAGUCAUAUAAGUAAUUUGCAGAAACACAUCAAAAUACAUACAGGCGAUAAACCUCAUGGCUGUGGUGUAUGUGGUAGAAGGUUUAGUCAGCUUGCUAAUUUACAGAGACACUUGAAAACACAUACAGACAAUGAACCGUAUGAUUGUGAUAUCUGUGAUAAACAGUUUGAUCGGUAUAAUAGUUUAGAAAGACACAUGAGAACCCAUACAGGUGCUAAUACUCAUGACUGUGAUGUAUGUGGUAAAGGUUUCAGUGGACCAAGUCAUUUAGAGUCACACAUGAGAACACAUACAGGUUUCAAACCUCAUGAGUGUGAUGUAUGUGGGAAAGGCUUUAAUCAUCUUAGUAAUUUUAAGAGACAUAUGAAAAUACAUACAGGUGAACCUUGUAAAUUGCACAAUUGUGAUGUAUGUGGCAAAGGGUUUAGUCAAUCUAGUAGUUUAAAGAGACAUAUGAGAAUACAUACAGUGAAACCAUGUAAACCUUUUAAUUGUGAUAUAUGUGGGAAAGGGUUUAGUCAUUUUUGUAGUUUAAAAAGACAUUUGAGUAAAGCAACAUGCAAUUUACCUUCGACCAGUGAUGUAUAUGGUAAGGGUUUUAUUCAGCAUUGUGAAAAAGAAAUUUUCAUGAGUAUACAAACAGACAACACACAACAUGAAAGUGAUGUAUAUGGUUAAGGGGUUUAUUCACCAUGGUAGUUUAAAGGGAUUUAUGAGAGCACAUGGCAAUAUGUGGAAAAGAAUUUUCUUGAAGUGGUGACUUAAUUAAAGAUACAAAUUAGAAUACAGACUGAAAAUGAAACUCAUCAAUUUUGUUUUGUUUAAAAUUUCUAUUAAUUCAUCAUUUGUCACUUCUGUUAUCAUACUGUUAUGUUCAUCUUUUUAAUACUGGUGAAUGAAAUCAUUACAGUGUGUACUGGCUGGUCAUUAUUGCGUAUGAUACGAUUUUGACAUGCCUACAUAGAUAAUACAUAUUCAUGACUUUAUAGAUAAGAUCAGCAGGUACCAGUCUUGUAUUACAACUCCAAUUUCUGGUGCAUGUCAAAACAUGAAGGGAAACAAAAUAGUGCAUUUUUUUUGAAUUUUUUUCAGAACUCAAUUUUUUCUGUUUGAUUAUAGGUUUAUGCUGAAUUGAAACAUAUAUAUAGACUUUAAAAAAAAUCUAGCAUCUUUUGGGGAUAUCAAUCCAGGAAAGUGGAAGGAUAACAUGUUUACUGGCCUAGUAAAAAUAGCAAACAGAAAGUAGAAAAAAAUGUUUUGACUUCAGGAUUGUGUAACUUUUUAUUCUUCGUGGCAAGACCCCCUUUUUACCCCAAUUAAAUCACAAUUUCACAUUAGUACAUACAUGAUAUGAACAUGAUUUUUUUUUUCUAUGUAGCAUUUUUUUAUUUUCGAAGAUCAGCUGUUAUGCAUGUAAGCCUAUGGAGCAGUCAAUUACAAGACUGCAACCAGCAUGUGUAGCCUAAACUGAGAGUUGUAGAUUUGUAGCAUAAAUGUAUAGAUGUAGUUAUGAGAAGAGAAAAUAGUUACAAAAAUAUUGAUAUUAAUUAUUAGUAUCCAAGAAAGUAAAACACGGAUCUAUCCUGGUGGAGGACUCAAAUUGUAUAUUUUAAUAUUGUUUUAAUUAACAAUGCUGUGAUGUAUUACUGUGUAUUGCUAUGUAUUGCUAUGUAUUGAGACAAUCUACGAAUGACUUAUUUAAUGCCAAUUUUAUAGAAUAAAUUUUCAAAACAA